AUGGCGAUGGACAUCGCAGACGAGAUGCUCGUCGAUACUUCGUCGUUGUCGUCGUCAUCGUCAUCAACCUCGUCAUCAUCAUCAUCAUCAUCACCACCCCCAGCAUCAGCAAAGGUACCCCUGGAUCGUAUCGAGACAGCCGACACGGGUUCUACACCAGAAAUGCCUCCACUACUUGGCGCCGCCAAUGACGUAGAUAUACCGUCGAUACUAGUCCCUGACGAGGCGGCUUUAGCUGCAGCUGCGGCUGCUAUGGCCGCAGCCGCAGCCGCUCAGAGUCAGGCAGACCAGCAACAUACGGCCGACCACAAUGUGGUUGUUUCCGAUGCUCUCGACUCGUAUCUCCUCGCUGCUGCCGCCGCUUCAGUGCAUGCGCAACAACAGCAUUCCACCGAUGCUGCACAAAAGAACUCGUCGGAGGAUAGCUUGACAUUCGCUGCUACGCCCGGUCCGGAUCGCUUAUACACCAACGGCACUUCGAUCGGCAGCUCUGACACAGACGAAGUUCGAGCUGCCAUCCUCGACCAAUGCCGUAAAUACACCGACGAGCCUGCACCAUUUCCACUCACCAUUGGCAAGCGUACACCAGGCGGAUGCGCUCAAGUUCUCGCAGACGGUAGCUCUCAAAGUGUUGAGCAGCUUCCCUUGACUGAAGCGCAGGUGGAGCUCGGGAAAACCCGCUGUUACUGGGCGCUGCUUUCGGCAGAUUACUCGCAAGGCAACGGCCCGACAGGAGAGAAGCUUCAGUUCGUAUAUCUCGACCCAGUUCUGCAACAACACAUGGCCGAACAAGCUAUACGAAUGGUUGGCUCCGACUUUUACGACUAUGUUCACCCGGAAGAGCGCGAGCGUGUGUCCGCCGACAUGCAAAAGAUCGUCGACAGCCGCACCUUGUUCGGCAGCGUCACACGAUGUCGUUAUUCACGUAUUCCUCAUAUUCGCGAGCUGCUCGGCGCCAUCAAUCCUCCGCGGGACCCAGAGGCAGACCGGUAUGUUGAGGAUGACAGCUUUGUGGCAAUCGACAUUGUCAUUAAUUGGAUCGGUGAUGGUAUGCUGCUCUGCUUCUUCCACGCGAUUAUCGACAAGUCAGCGGAGGACAACGACGAGCAGCACAAGUCGGAUUGGACCAACUGGUGUGGCACUCCAGGAAAUAGCUUCUCAUUGCGCCAGUGCGACACAAUCUGGAAGCAGGUCAAGGCUUCGCCGAGGGAAACACUGCCCGACUUUGGACCCGAUCACGUCUUUCAGGUCAUCGAGGCUGGCGGGGAUAGCCGAGUGCUGCUAAGCUGGCCGCCUCCUCGCUUCUUUUCGCGGCAAGUCAAGGCUGACCUGCUUGCGCAAUCAGACGUGACAGCGUUCCAAGACGGUUCCUACUUUGCCGAUGACUUUGCUCGUCUCGCACAGGGCGUUUCCAUCGCACCUGGAUCCUCUUCGCUCUCGGACGCUAACACGAGCUGCACCCGGCGCUUCCGAGCCAAGCACACUUUGACUACCGAAGGCAAGGUACGCAACAUUGAAAGCGUCCUCAUCCCCUACGGCAGUGUGAUUCUGGCUUGCUUCCACACCACCUUCCAACAACAGCUGCCGCCGCCGGAGGAUCCUAAGCUUGUCUCUCAGGCGCAGGCCGAGCUGCAGGCCCCAGUAGAAGGACGCAAGGCAGAGUAUGACGGAUCGCAAGAUUCUCCUAACAAACGACAGCGUAUGGAGAGCGAGACUCUGUCGGGACUGCCGAUGUCUGAUGGCACGCAAGUCGACAAGAAAGCGACCGUUCCCACGCCUGCUCCGACUUCGUCCAGACUCGCCUUGUCUGCGGCCUCAUUGGUGUCUUCGACCCCGAAAGGUCAGACUUACGCUUCUACGCCACCCAACGGUCACGCAACACAUUCCAACGGACAUUCCGCCAAGACAGCAAAUGGACACCCUUCCAGACCGACAGCAUCCAAGCAUCAUAGGUCGACAAUCAAGGCUGAAGGAAGUGGUAUCAGUGCACUCGCAAACCCGAGCCUGAUGUAUACCAACGCACCGGCCAAAUCUGCUGUGACGCCGACGAGCACCGCCCGACUGGUCGCAGAGCGUAAGAGUAGCACCACAUCUGCCCAGAAAGGCACCAAUGGGCUUUCGAAUGGUACGUCUUCUCCCUCGCCUGCAGCCGCAGUUAGUGGUGACUAUUCCCCCGGCGCUAACAAGGCAUGCACGGGCUGUGGCAAGGUCAACAGUCCAGAAUGGCGUCGUGGACCAUCAGGACACAAGACUCUAUGUAACGCUUGCGGCCUCCGAUACGCUCGCUCGCUCACUCGUCGAAAGAAGAAGAAGGGCAAGGAUGGAGAAGUUGAAUUCAUCGAACCCACUGGCGAUCCGACUGUUGUGCCCAAAAGUCGUGGCGGUGGAGGCGGAAGUCUUCCAGGCGUCCAUCGAAAGAACAGCAAGAAACGCAAGGAGGAGGAGGCUGCCAAAGCUGCGGCUGCGGCUGCAGCCGCAGCUGCCGUCGGCGCGACGACGGGUGCAACGAUAGCUUUGCUCAAUGGAAGUCCCGCCGCAGCUGUGACAGGGUCAACAUCAAGCACGAGCCCGUCCGCCACUUCGGCUACGCAAAGCCCCACCGCCACCGCCGCACCAAUUGCGAUUUCUCCGUCACCGACCAAGGUGGACGAGGCUAAGCCCGCCGCUUCUGCAGAAACCCCAUCGACUGUCAAGGAUGAAACAGCACAGAGUGGUGCGAUCGUGACAGAGGACAACUCGUUGACUGCCACCAGUUCACUUGAUAGUAAAGAGCUUGCAUCCAUGCCUGCUUUUCAGUCGGAGACAACGGAUCCAGUACACUCGAUAGCGGUUUCAAAUGCGCUGGAUGCUAUUGCUCAAGCUUCACCAUCUGCCCCGCUGAUGGAUGCCGACGCUCUCUCGGUUCCCGUCUCCAACGCCAUCAGCCGCGCGCUUGCUGCCACCAUUGAAAGCACUGAUGUCGGCAGCAUAGCUACUAACGAUAGUCUGCACAUCUUUCAAUCGGUCUCCUCUGACACGGCCGACGACGUCACUGUCCCUUCUUCGGACUCUUGCGGAACACCGCAUCUCGAGUCAGCGAUCAGGUCAGAAGCUCUGCAGACAAUCAAGUCAGUUGUCUCGGAAGCGCUGUACAAACAGCUUGUCCAAACGUCUUUCCCCGAGCCUCCACGGGCGGAUACGGACAUGGUUGAUGUCGGAACCAACCCGACUGCUGCGGAACGUGACGUUGAUUUGACCGACGCUCUCACCGCCGAUGCGAUCAGAGCAGCUGCCCAAGCUGCCGUUGCACAUGGUGUGACAGAAGUCUGA